GUGACAGGGCCACGCCACAGUGCUCAGUGCACGCGACGGGACAGGACGCGCCAGAGCGGUGCUGUGAGGAGCCCCCGCACAGCGCACUCGUUUGUGUCUCACCCGGAGCUUUUCCAAGCCUUCACUCGUACAGGUGACCUCGUGGCAAGACUGCGGGCCUUGGUGGCCCGUGGCUUUCCCGAGGCUUUUCUUUUGCAGGUGCCUGCGAAGCCAGACUGCGGGACUUGGUGGUCUGUGGUCUUCCCAAGACUUUUCUUUUGCAGGUGCCUGCGGGGCAAGGCUGUGGGCCUUGCUGGCCCGUGGCCUUCCCAAGACUUUCCUUUUGCAGGUGCCUUCAAGGCCAGACUCCGGUACUUGGUGACCUGGAGCUUUUCUGAGGCAUCUCCCAUCCUUCUGACCUCUGUCCUCAAGGUGCCUUCGAGGCCAGAUUGUGUAAUGGCGGGCAGAUUCCUCCGGCUGUUCAAAGUGUUCCAACGGAACAGAAAGACAGACACUGGAGCUGCCCCAGCACAACAGCCUGAAGAGCCAGAGGAGUUCCGACCACUGCAGGAUGAUGCAGCCAUGGACGAGAGACAAGAGCAGGAGCCUGCCCGUGGCCGCUUCCGCAAAACGCUGAAGCGGUUCCGCAAAUUCCUGCGCAUUCAGCGUAGAAAGAGCAAUACCACAGCAGCAACUGAGGGCACAGCUGAACCUGACUCCGGGCUGACCGAGCUCCAGGCAGAGCCUGAUGUCAGCCCAGAUUCAGCUGAGCCCUCAGAAAUUCCAGAUGAUGACACCGGAGAGACUCAGGGCAUCGCAAAUGCCGACAGGACACCCACUCCCACUGUGCCAGCUAUUGUACGGAGCAUUCACCAGAGUCUUGUGUCCCGUGUCACUGUGGAUAUCAGGCAGAAAAUUGACAUAAUAAGGCUGGCUGAAGAACACCCGGUCGAUGUGGCGCUGACCCUCCUGCGCUGUGCCCCAUCAUGUGACAGAGCUGCUGCUGCGAUGUGGCAAACCAUAGCCUCGUCGGGACCAGCAGUUGAGAAAGUGCUGCCUACACUGCUCUGUGUGAUGGAGAACUGGCCCCUUUGCAGCACCUGCACCUCUGAUGGGGACAACAAGGAUGUUUUUCCCUUGAGUGCAACCCUGGUGCUCAGGGUGAUUGUCCAGAUGCCACAGUGCCGCGAGGCAAUGAUGCUUUAUUCUGCCCGCCUGUUUGUGGCUCUGCUGUUCCAUGUUGUCAUCACCACACAGCUGAUGCCACCAGUGGAAGUUGACAGCUUCUGGAAAGCAUGCCAGGAGCAACACCGCCUUCCCAGCAACGCCAACAGGUUUGCAGUGCAGGUCAUGAAGGCUCUGCUCUGCCGACUGCGGUGUGACAGUGUGGUCAUGGAAAUGGGACGCAAGCGUGGCUGGGACACGCUGCUCUGUGCUGACACCCAGCACUAUGCCGUGGGUCUGCUGGCCAGGGAGAUGCGCCGUGGCUUGAUCCCCUUCUGUUCCUGCAUUGCACUCGACCUGCUCAAGUCACUCAGAAGGGAGGAGCGAUGCUGUGAUCUGUCCUUCCUGGCAUUCCUUGUGGAGGUCCUUGACUGCUUAGAUUUGACUAAACAUGGUGACAGUGUCCUUGAGAUCACAUCAAAGCACCUGCAGAGUGAGUGCAGGCAGAGGCGUCGCCUGGCGCUCAGAGGCCUCGUGGUGCUCAGCAAGGAACCCUCAAUGGCCAUAAGGAUGUGCAGCCUGUCUCAACACCUUCAGGACCUGCUGGGUGAUACAGAUGGAGAUGUGGUUGGCAUGACCCUCCAGGUGUUCAUCAAUAUUCUCAACAAUAAAGACAUCAUGAUAUGCAGCACCACUGCCCCAAACCUGGCUCAGGCACUCCUGCUGCUCUUUGAUCAUGACCACAGCCAUGUGCAGCUGCUCUCCCUUGAACUCUUCUUUAAGACAAUGGACUUGGUAGUGGAUGAGGGAAAGAAGGUAGUGGAUGAGGGAAAGAAGCCUCUGGAGAAGAUUUUGAACCAGAGCCUGCUUCCACUCUUCAUCCACUGCCAUGAUGAGAACCAGCGUGUGGCAAAGGCCUCUCGGGAAACGCUGCUUCGUGUGGCCGAGUUCCUCAAGAGGAGGAAUCGUGUGGCCGAGUUCCUCAAGAGGAGGAAUCUGAAGCAGCUGGUGAGGAAAGAGCAGCUGUGGAAGUUUGCUGAGUGUCUGCUGGCACAGGACAGGAACCGAGCAGCCGAGCACCUGAGCCGGGCACUGCCAUAUCUGGACAGCCCACAGGAGUCCCUGCGAGAGGCGGCCGUCAGCUUCAUCGGGACGGUCGGGAUGUUCAUGAACAAGGGUGCACAAGGAAGAGCUGCAGACCCUCAGUGAGGGUGAGUGAGAGCAGCGGG